GAUACGAGCUUUAGGAUCACUGGAGUCGCAUAUCUACAUUUUUGUGCAUCGUGAUCGUAUUAUUUUGUUUAUAACGUGUUAUAUUAAACACGUGGUAAAGAAUCUAACCUAAGAAGAAGAUGGGACGUCACAAAAAGGGCCGAUGUGUCAAGCGAAAUAAGCAUAUAAACUUGGAAGAAAAGGAGGAAUUAAAACAAGCACCACAUUCUUUUGUAUUUCAUCGUGGUUUGCCAGGAGAACAUAUUGUUGAACUUACUAAAGAUUUUCGCAGAGUUAUGGAUCCUUUUACAGCUUCAUCCUUGAAAGCUCGCAAGAAAAACACCAUAAAAGAUUUUGUUUCUGUCGCAAGUGUACUUCAUGUUAGCCAUAUGUGUAUAUUUACAAAAACAGAAUUGGGAAUGUAUCUCAAGCUUUCUAGACUGCCCAGAGGACCAACUCUUACUUUCAAAAUACAUAACUUCUCUUUGGCAAGAGAUGUGGUAUCCAUGUUGAAGAAGCAAUUGGUGUAUGAAGAAGCUUUCAAAACUUUCCCUUUAGUUGUUUUAAAUAAUUUCAGUGGGGAAGGUAUGCAUUUGAAGCUUAUAGCUACUACAUUCCAGAAUAUGUUCCCAACUAUAAAUCUGACUACUGUUAAUCUAAGCACAAUUCGCCGUUGCGUGUGCUUAAAUUAUAACACUAUAUCAAAAACCAUUGACUUCAGGCAUUAUGUUAUUAAGGUUGUGCCUGUGGGUUUAUCAAGGGGUGUUAAAAAAUUAGUGCAAGCAAAAAUACCAGAUUUGUCUAGAUGUCAAGACAUUUCGGAUUUCUUGACAAAAUCAACUAUGUCUGAAAGUGAGGCAGAGGACGAUGAGGUCAGUCACGUUAAAUUAUCACAAGACUUGUCUUCAAGGGGGAAUCAUGCUAACUCUACAAGUGCGAUUAAAUUAUUCGAACUGGGACCGAAAAUAACGUUACAGUUAAUAAAAAUAGAAAAUGGUCUUCUUGAUGGUGAAAUACUUUUCCAUGAACUUAUACACAAAACGGACGAGGAGAAACUUGCGAUAAAGAAGAGGAGAGAGAAGAAAAGGAAAUUGAAAGAAAAAAGAAAAAAGAUUCAAGAAGACAACAAGAAAAAGAAAGAAGAGCAAAAGCAGGAACACAAGGAAAAAUCGCUCAAAGGUAUCCAAAAGAAAAGAGAAAGCGAGAUGCUCUUAGAAAAAAUCGCAAAAGAAUCUACCGAAAAUAACGAAGUGGAGGAUGACGAUGCGCAACAUUAUCGUGACGAAGUUGGCGAGGAACCUGAUGAAGAUCUGUUCAAAACAAAAGUCGGUACGAAGAGAAUACGUAAGCAUGCAAUGAGAUACAAACCGAAGAAAUUGAAAAUCGACAAAUCUUAGAAUAUAUAAUUGUAAAAAUAGUAUAUUUCCGAAAUAAAAUGUUACAUUUGAAUAUCCAAAACUGUUUAUAAAAUUAUUUUAGCAAAAUGUUUCAAAUAUAUAAGCGAGAGUAUUAAUGAUGUUUCACACAAGAAAUUAAUCGUUCACAUAAAAAAAAAAAAAUCAGUCUGAGAAGCAUGACGCGGCUAUUACUAAUGUUCUAACUUAUAUAACUUGCGCAAAAAGCGUUUUGCACAAAAUUCUUUUGUUACAUUAAUUACAAUUAUUUCCAUUUUUUUUUCAAUUAUGUUGGUAUGUAUAAAGUAAUUAGCAAAAUUUAAAAAUAAAAUUAUAUUUGCAUAUAUAUUUUUUUUUCUAUAUUGAGGCGUUAGCUAUAAAGUAAACUAUCCCUAUAUUAUGUUUUCCUCGAGUAAAGCAUUUUGCUAAAAUCACUUAUUUCAUUAUUAUCACGUAUAUCAUUAUUAUAUAUUUAAUUGUUUAUAACUUGGAAUGACAAUACAUUUUAUCAUGUUUUUCUUGUUUACGAACUUUUUUUACAAUUCAGACGAUUUUAUCUCUCAUACUCUUCAUUAUGUUAUACAAACUGACAUAAGUUCAGUACAUGGGUAAAUAUGCAGUUCUGCAUCAGUAGACUAUAGCAUUAUUCUCAAAUUAUUCAGGUAUAAAAAAUAGUACAGAGAUAUUCUUCAUAUCAAAUAUGCGCGAGUAGGCACAUCUAGUAGUAGUCAAAUGGCUAUAAAAUUGAAGUUCGUAACUACUGAUUUGUCGAGAAUUCAGUCGUAAUACCUUCCAUAUAUACAAUCCUAUAUCCCGACAAAAGUUAAAAAUCUAAUUACUUUAUAUCACAGAUCUUCUAUUGUCUUCGAAAAGUGUAAAACUGGCGAAAAAUAUAUUGUUAUUAUAUGAAAAAUUGGUGUAUACAAAAUAGUUGAAUUCAUACAAUAUCAUAUUACAAAAAUAUAUAAAACUACGUUGUCC